GCAAGGCAGAAGAAGCACGGCAGAAAGUCGCUCGCAGGAGGUCAGCCGCUGUGGAGAAGACUUGCAGCCGCCAUGCUCCGACAGUCUUUCAGCAUUCUGAAGCAGCUGGGAUCUUCGACAAAGUCGCAAGAUGUCAGUGAGCUUCUACACACCGACCUGGUUGUGGUGGAGCAGCGGGUGGAACCAGCCAAGAGAGCAGCGCAGAUGCUCCACAAGAAGCUGCAAGGCUGCAUGCAGAGUCAGACGGGGCCAGACGCCGAAAAACGAAUGAAGAAGCUGCCUCUCAUGCUGCUGUCAAUCAGCAUGGCCGAAAGCCUCAAAGACUUUGAUGCCGACUCCUCCAUCAGGAAGGUGUUGGAGAUGUGUUGUUUCAUGGAGAAGAAGUUGGCAACCUUGCUGGCAGACUUUGAAAUCAAAGUGGAGAAGGAAGUUUUGGAGCCACUGAGCAAACUUGGCGAGGAAGAAUUACCAGAGAUUCUCAAAAACAAGAAACACUUUGCAAAGCUUAAUACGGACUGGAACAAUGCUCGCCUCAGGAGUCAGGCCAGUACCGGUCCCCAGGCUAAGCAGGACGGUCUCAAGGAGGAGGAGGAAGAAGCUCUGAGGAAGUUGGAGAUCAUCAAGAAUCAGUAUUCAGCAGAUCUGUAUCACUUUGCGACCAAAGAAGAGGACUAUGCAAACUACUUCAUUCGCCUUUUGGAGCUGCAAGCGGAAUAUCACAAAAAAUCACACGAGUUCCUGGAUAAAAAUAUAAAUGAACUCAAGGAGAAUUACAGUCAGAAAGGGCCACCGGCAAACCCCUUCGGACCGAAGGUUUUUGGCGAGCCUCUGGGCUCUCAUCUGCUUCAGAGCAACAGAGAAAUCGCAGCGCCCAUUCAAGAAUGUGUCGACAUGCUGCUAAGAACAGGAAUGAGAGAAGAGGGUCUGUUUCGUCUCGCGGCGGCCGCCUCGGUGGUGAAGAGGCUCAAGACCUGUAUGGAUCAGGGGGCGGUCGAUCAGAGUGAAUUCCGCAUGGACCCUCACGCUGUGGCUGGAGCUCUGAAGUGUUACCUGCGAGAACUUCCUGAACCACUUAUGACCUUUGAACUCUACAAAGACUGGUUUAAAGCAGCUGGUGAAAAAGACUGCACAGAAAAGCUGCAGCAGUUCCAAAUACUACUGAAGAAACUGCCACCUGAAAACUACAACAACCUCAGGUACCUAAUUCAGUUCUUGUCGCUGCUGUCCGAGCACCAGGCCGCAAACAAGAUGACGCCCGGUAACAUUGCCAUCGUCCUGGGGCCCAACCUCCUCUGGCCACAAGCCGAGGGGGAGAUCACGCUGAUUGACAUGGCGUCCGCCUCUUCGGUGCAGGUGGUGAUGGUUAUCGAGCCCCUCAUUGAAUACAGUGCCAUGCUCUUCCCUGAAGAGGUAUCCUUUGAGAUUCCGGAGCUUCCCAAGGCCCAAGAGGACCAGGCUAAGAUCACGAAACAAGCGCCACUGAGCAGAACAGUGUCCACCUCCUCCACAGCCUCCUCCACUUCUACUUAUCAUCUCCCUUGCUCCAAGACAAGCAGUUUAUCCUCUGGGGACGCAAUUAGCGUCCCCGCUGUGAAAUCCGAGACGCGCCAAAUGUGGGCCGCUUCUGGACACCAGGCCGCAAUCACGACUCAAACAGACGCGACAACUCUCAGUAUCUCACCCGCCGCAAGACCCAGCUUGUUGCCACAUCCCAGAACCGCAGGGUCCAACGCGCUACAGAGCAGGGACCCCGCCCAGAAACAGUCCUCAGAGCACUUGGAGCCCGUUGCAGAGCUCCCUCCCGUCUCACCGAAAGCAGUCGUGACGAUCGGUACACCCAACAAACCGAAGAGGAACACCAGUGUAAGAAAAGCCAAUGAAACUAACGAGCCGUUGACAGUUCACUACAGCACGACCAGAGGGCCGGUGCCGCCAAAGCCGCGGGCCCCGACAGACGGGAACCAGCCAACGCGUCCCCCACCUCCGGCUCGCCCAGUUGCUCUCAAAAAGCCGCCGGUGAAAAAGCCCGGACUUAAAGCCCCCAGUUGCCCUCCGCCGCUUCCACCUGCAUUACAGUCCAAACAGGCUCCUUCAGUAGCACAGUAAAAGAUGAGAGCCGC